GAAGUAUUGAAAAAUCUAUAAAAAGUGAAAUAAUCUAUUCAAAACUUAAUCCGUCACUGUUAGUCAGGUUUGCCAACUAUACAACUGUAAACGGUCAGUACAACCAGCUUACCCCAUAACAGUUGUUUUCUAACCUUAAAGAAUUUUUUCAAUUGAUUUAAAUAACGUACAAAUAAGUCUAAACUUACAAUGUGUAAAUAUAAAUAAAAACAUUGAUAAUAAAUAAGAUAUAUUUAAGAUGAGUUCUGAGGCAGGUACGAGCAAAGGCAAUGAAAUUGUUACAGAAUUGUAUUUUCUUAUACAGAAAUGUUUAUCUGUUAGUCCCUUGAAAGAGACACAUCAGAUGCUCGUAAAGGAGUUGGAAAGUUCAAAUAUAUUACCAAAUCGUCUUGACUGGAAAGGAAAUGAGCACAGGCGCAAUUUAGCAGAAUUGGAAAAACACUAUCCUCACAUAGGGCCAGACUACUUAUUAAAAAUUUGUUCGCGCCUCGGAUGCAUUUUAGACAGGGAGUUACCACCCAGCAUUAAACGAGCUCCAUCGUUAUUAGGUGCAGGGAGACAAUCGUUAUUAAGACGUACUGACCACAAACGAUGUAAUAACGCCCAACUGUAUUAUGCUGCGCGAAUACAUGGGAAACCAUUACUGGACCCGCCAUUCCUCAAAAGCACACAUAAUAUAGUAAAUGUUUGUAUUGGCCGACAAAUGUCUGGUCCAACAACUCGACAUUUAGUAGUCGGUUCAAGUAGAUAUGCAAAUCUUCAACUACAAAGGAGAACUUUGGGCCAUCUGUCUGCCGUUUAUUGCCUGCUGUUUGAUCGUACCGGAAGAUUUAUUGUAACUGGUGCAGAUGAUCUGUUAAUCAAAGUGUGGUCGUCUACGACGGGACGGUUACUUGCUACCUUUCGCGGGGCCUCAUCGGAAUUGACAGAUAUUGCGAUCAAUUUGGAAAAUACCCUACUGGCGGCGGGGUCAAUUGAUCGGAUCCUACGUGUUUGGAAUUUGCAGUUCGGUUAUCCUGUGGCAGUGUUGGUGGCACAAGCUGGAAUUAUUACAUCUGUGAACUUUUGCCCGUCAUCACGUUGGGAUGUUCGGUAUUUAAUUAGUACCAGUACGGAUGGUUCCGUUGCCUUUUGGUCCUACAGUCUUGAUACAGUGGGAAAAGCAGUUUUUGUCUCCAAACCAAUAAUAUAUCAAGAAAAAAUGAGGCCAGGUCAAGCACAAAUGAUAUGUUCCUCGUUCAGUCCGGGAGGCUUACUUCUAGCGACGGGAUCGGCCGAUCAUCAUGUUCGCGUGUACUUUAUGCACGGUGACGAAGGUCCAAAUAGGAUUCUUGAGACUCAGGCCCACACAGAUCGAGUGGAUUCUAUACAGUGGUCGAAUCACAGUUUAAGGUUUAUUUCCGGAAGUAAAGAUGGCAGUGCUCACAUUUGGAAUUUUGAGUGUCAGCAAUGGAAAAGUAUACGCUUGUUAAUGAGCACCACUUUGUCAAGUGAUGCCAAAAAACAUGACGCAGAAGAGGAUAAGAAGUUGAAAGUGACGAUGGUUGCGUGGGAUUGUUCAGAUACUUGGGUUGUUACGGCAGUGAGUGAUUAUAGUUUGAAAGUUUGGAGAGCAGAUAAUGGGCAUCUUGAAAGGGUACUUAAGGGUCAUACUGAAGAAAUUUACGUAUUAGAAUCGCACCCUCAUGAUAAGAAUGUCGUAUUGUCGGCGGGACAUGACGGUCAAUUAUUCAUAUGGGAUGUUUUUCAAGGGCGACAAGUAGCACAUUUUAUGAAUAAUAUUGAAGGUCAGGGAUACGGAGCAAUCUUUGAUGCAAAGUGGUCUCCUGAUGGUACCAUGAUAGCUGCUACAGACUCUCAUGGUCAUAUGUUAAUAUUUGGGUUCGGCUGUGGACAUCCUCUUAUGAAAACAUUACCCACAGAAUUAUUUUUCCAUACUGACUAUCGCCCUUUAGUUCGUGACAAUAAUCAUGUAGCGUUAGAUGAACAGACACAAAUUGCACCUCACCUGAUGCCGCCCCCAUUUUUAGUAGAUGUUGAUGGUAACCCUUACCCUCCGAUGAUUCAACAGCUUGUUCCUGGUCGCGAAUUUUGUAAAAUUGAGCAACUUGUGCCUAAUAUUGUUAUCGGUAGUGAAGGUGUGCAAGAGGUCAUUGAAGGUUUACCAGAAGAUUUAGAAAGAGCUGCAAAUUCCCAGCAACGUGAACGCGAAGUUGAUGAUGACGAUCUUCAAAGUGUACCCCGUUCACCGAGAAUUGCAGGGAUGCGUAGAUUUGAAUAUCUUGGGUUGGCCAAAUUAGACCAAAUAAAAGGAAAUAAGAAGAUCUUAGUAAAACCGCUUACAAUUUCUGAGAGAGAUAGAGCAAAAGACGUAACGGAAUCACUAUGUGCCUUGGAGUUGGCAGAAUAUCGAAAUCAAAUGAAGAAACGUCCCCUAAUGAUAAAUACUGCUACCACUACAGCUCCUGUUAACAAUGCUCAUAAAGGUCACAGACGGAGGGCAAGGGCGCUACGACGUGCAGAGUCAGUUGCAACUGAUGGCACAGAGGGCGAAGUGGAGUCGAAUAACUCCAAUAGUAGUGUAAGAAGUGAUGAUUCUGAAAACCAUGAAGACAUAUCGACAUCAGAUUCCAGUUCGGAAUGUUCAGAGUCGUCUGGGUAUUCAGAUUGGGUUGCCGAACACAGCGUUAAUUUAGAGCCACCAAAGAGAUCGAAACGCAGACAAACUACAACCAAUGCAAAGAAGAAACAAAUCAGUUCAGAACCCAAUAAUGUUACUGAAGAACCAACAACUGCCACUCCUAAACCUGUAAUAAAUAAUGCAAAAACAACAAAAGAACUUCCCGAAAUAUAUAAACCUCUCGAAUGGUUAUCCGAAACGAUGCCUUGUAAAGCGCCCUACUUCCCCCAGAUGGGCGACGAGAUUGUGUACUUCACUCAAGGUCACCAAAUGUAUGUUGAAGCCGUUAGGACUAAAUCAGUUUACGAGACUAAUCCCAAGGAUUUGCCUUGGUCAAAAAUGGAGUUCAAAGAUCACGAAUUCGUAAAAGUUGUUGGCAUCAAAUAUGAAAUCCGGCCACCCAGGUUAUGUUGUUUAAAAUUGGCGUUAUUGGAUUCAGAAAGUCGCCUUACUGGAAAUAUAUUUACCAUCAAAUAUCAUGAUAUGGCCGACGUUUUAGAUUUUCUAGUUUUGAAACAAACUUACGAUGCGGCGAUUUCUCGAACGUGGAAUGCCGGUGACAGAUUUCGUUGCAUGAUUGACGAUUGUUGGUGGAUGGGCAAAAUCGUAUCCAAAUCGCCAUUGUCGGCCGAUUCUCCAAAUUCCCUCUUUAUGAGUUACGAAAUACAGUGGGAUAGUGAAGAGUUUGAACGAAUGAGCUCUUGGGAUUUAGAGCCGAUAAGGGAAGAUAGAUUGCCGGAAAAUAUGGGAGAUCCUGUGAAAGUCUUGCCCGAAGAAAUACAGAACAUAUUGUAUCGUCCCCAAGCUGAAGAGUGGCCUCAUGGUGAUCGUGAAUCAGCAUGCAAAAAAAUUUGUGAGGGUCUGGAAAAGGUUAUGGGUCUUGCAAUUGCGGAACCAUUUCUAGCUCCCGUGGACCUGAGUCAGUACCCAACCUACGCUUACAUUGUCGAGUACCCCAUAGAUCUGUCGACGAUUAAAGCUAGACUUGAAAAUAAUUUUUAUCGAAGAAUUACUGCAGCUCAAUUUGACGUACGUUAUUUGGCGACAAAUGCGGAAAAAUUCAAUGAACCGCACAGCAUUAUUGUUAAACGUGCUAGAAUAAUUAGUGAACUGUGCUUAAAGAUAAUUAAGAGUUAUUCUGAAAAUCUUGAUGUUGGUGCAGUCUAUCAUCAAUUGAUGGAUACUUACCAAUCAACAGACAGUGAGGCUGAAGUUAUACAAUCGGGACCAUCAACUAGCCGAUCGCUAGCUUCUUUAAUUACACGAAGAUUACGACAUCCAGAUGACUGGAAACAUGAAGCUCGUGCCUUAUUAGAAACUUUAUGGCGCUGUGAAGACUCUGUUCCAUUUAGAACACCUGUUGAUAACUUAAAGCAUACAGAUUAUUAUCAAGUGAUUGAUACUCCAAUGGAUCUUGGAACAGUCAAAGAGGAUCUUCUUGGAGGCAACUAUGAAACACCUCUUGACUUUUGCAAGGAUAUGCGUUUGAUCUUUCAAAAUUCGAAGAAUUAUAACACUAAUAAAAGAUCACGUAUUUACGCAAUGACAAUAAGAUUAUCGGCAAUGUUUGAAGAGCAUAUGACAAGGAUUCUGUACAACUGGAAGAUAGCGAGACGGCGAUCCAGUACAUCUCUAAAACGCAAUCUGAAGAGAAGUCGUCGAAAAAAAUUGAAUAAUCAGUCAUUUAAAGAAAGUCCAUCUGAAGAAUCGUCGGCAGCUGAAGAGACGAAAUCUAAAAGCCCGACACGAAACAUGGAAGAAACAAAUGGUCAUGUUAGUGAGUUUCAGUUGAGUGAAAAUAGUGAGGAUAAGAAUUCUAGUUCGAGGGAAUCGUCUUGUUCAUCAUCAAGCAGUGAACAAUCGACAUAUAAACCUUCCAGUUCAGGAAUUAAAGUGAAACGCUUAGAGGGUACUUCCAAGCGAAAACCGGUGCUAAAUUCCUACAAGAAAAACGUAGGGCGGCGGAAAUCUUCAUCGUCAGAGGCCACCAAUACUGACGACAGUGAAUUACCAAAGAGACAAUCUGUGAAACGGAAAGUUAAUAAUUUAAGAAGCAGAGGUUCGACAAGUCGCGUCAGUUCAGACAGUGAUGACAUUAGAACUUCUUUGCGCAAACGUAGCAUGAAAAGGCCACGUUAUGUUGAAGAUUCUGACAGUGUCGGUUCAUCCGCAGCUCAGGAGAAUGGGAACGAUACCGAUGAUACUGAUGCCGAUGUCACUACAGUUAGUAGUAGGGGACGUGUUCGACGACUCACGCCACGUGCUAAAGCGCUAUUGAAAAGAUAGUUAAAGUUGAGAUACAAACUUCUCUAAAAGCUAAUGUGAUGUUUUUAAUAUAUUUAACGAAUUAAAAUAUACUCUUGUUUUUAGAUAUAUUUUUAAUACACUAAAUAAUUUACUGUUACAAGGUUUUAAUUUUACUCAUUUUUGUACCAGUGUUUGUGUAAGUAAGUUUAACGUAUGUGACCAACAUCAGACCCGCACGAAUUGUUGUAAAUAUGUUUUUUAUUUCAUAAGCGUUGUCUGUUUUCAUUGUACAUAUUAUCUCAAGUUUUUCAAUUAAAAAUUUUGUAUUAA